AUGAUGUCAAUUGAAACUGUUUUCUUGGGAAUUCACAGGGUCAAUGAUUUGAAGACUGGUACACUGAUAGGAGUCGACAAAUACGGAAAUAAAUACUAUGAAGACAAAAGAAACUUCUUUGGUCGGCAUCGAUGGGUCGUAUAUACUCAUGAGAUGAAUGGCAAAAAUACAUUUUGGGAAGUGGAUGGAAGUAUGGUACCCCCUGAAUGGCAUCGCUGGCUUCAUUGUAUGACGGAAGACCCUCCAACUACUCAUCCACCAGUUGCUCGUAAAUUUAUUUGGGAGAACCAUAAAUUCAACCUGAGUGGCACUCCUGAACAGUACGUACCUUACUCCACUACUCGCAAGAAGAUACAUGAGUGGAUCCCACCUACAACGCCUAGCAAAUAACAGCAAAAAGAUACAACUUGCCUAAUGCUUGGCUUGCAGUGCAAAUUGUAUUUUCACUGGUUUUGAUCAAAAUAAAAGCCUCCUAUA